AUGGCCUUCGCAUACGACUACAUAAUAAUAGGCGCCGGCCUAGCAGGCACAGUCCUGGCUUCAAAACUCCACCACAAACUUCCCUCAUCCAAAAUUCUCCUCUUAGAAGCAGGUUCAGACCCCUUCAGCCACCAACAUACAACAGAACCUCUAAAAGCACCUCAGGCCCUCAAAACAGAACUAGACUGGAACCUAUCCACAGUCCCACAACAACACUUCGGAAACAGAACCUGCUACCAAGCAGCGGGAAAAGCCCUCGGCGGCUCAACGGCAAUCAGCAACGGAACCUGGACCCGCGGACCAAAAGUCGACUAUGACCGCUGGGCUACAUUAGUCGGCGACGCAAGAUGGAGCUAUAACGCCCUCCAGCCAUAUUUCCCGAAAACAGAAAGCCGGAGCGCGGAGGAGGAUGUUUCACGGUUUUCGGCUAAGCCUUUCGUGACAUAUACAUCUACACCUUCCCAGUCGCAUGAGAAGAGAAAAUAUUCGCUACGCGAACCGGUCAGGGAAGCGUGGAUGGAAUCCGGAGUAAAAUUUGUGGAUGAUGUUAAUGCGGGCUUUCCGGUAGGACUAUCUGAAAGAGUUGAGUGUUGGAAUCAGGGACGCAGACAGCAUGUUCAUCGUGUAUUUGGUCUGGAUGGGGUUCAGGUCCUUACCAAGUCGGCUGUUGCGAGGAUCCUUAUUACGGAGGUGGAUGGGGAGAUGGUUGCGACUGGUGUUGAACUUGUUGGUGGAGCGAAGUUCUUAGCGAAGGAAGUGAUUCUUUCCGCGGGGGCUUAUAAUAGCCCAAAGAUAUUAUUCCUAUCUGGCAUUGGGCCGAAGGACAUGUUGAGGAGCGUCGGUAUUACGCAGACUGUUGAGUCGCCGUAUGUUGGGAGGAAUUUUCAUGAUCAUAUUUCCGUGCCGAUUGUGUGGAGGCUGAAGAAGCCGGAGUUGAACUCUUCUUUUGAGGCUUUGACGCAGGAUCCGGUGAUGAAGCUUGGGUGGCCGAGUGAUUGGACAGUUUUUUCUGGGCUCGAGAGGAGUCUUGUGAAGACUUCUAUUGAGAAGGAUGGAGGCCAUCUGAAUAAUCCUUCCAGUCAGCUUCUUUUGAACCCGCAUUGUGUUUUUACGGAGACGGCCAACUAUUAUACAACCGUUGGUGCGCAUCUCGCGGAUAUGAACACACCAAUGGAUGGGACGUGUAUCUCUUCGACUGUGUUGGGAGUUUCACCUACAUCCAGAGGUGAGAUCACGAUAUCUUCAGCUGAUCCUCUUGCUCCGCCGGUUAUUGAUCCGAAUUACUAUGCCACUGAGCUUGAUCGUGUGGCUAUUCGGUCUGCGAUUCGGAAGGCGUUUGAGGUGUAUCAGGAUUCUGAGGCAUUGAAAGAUAUUGUCCAAUGUGAGGUUCCGCCGCCGGGAUAUGAGACUUUGACGGCUACUUCGACGGAUGAGGAGAUUGAUGAUAGGGUUAGACGUGUGGGGAUCACUUCUUUUCAUCCGGCUGGGAGCUGUUCAAUGGGGAGGGUUGUUGAUCCAGAGUUGAGGGUUCAUGGAGUGAAGGGAUUGAGGAUUGUGGAUGCUAGUGUUAUUCCUUUCCCUCUUGCAGCGCAUUUGCAGGUUGCUGUUUAUGCGUUAGGAGCGAGGGCUGUGGAUUUCAUUGUUGCUAAACAUAAGUAG